CAGCCUUGAGGAUAAAGCUCAGUGACAGCACCCAGGCCCUGAGUUCAAGCCCCAGGAUUGAUACUUACCUCCUCCCACCCAAAAAAAACAAACCAAAACACCCAAACAACAACAAAAACAACAAUAACAGAACUGUGAGUGGAUUGAGAACACUCGGUGUCAUAACUGAAUUUUCAAUUCUUUUCUGAGCUUCAGAAACAAAGUGUUUCUCACCUUGCGUUAGAUACAGACACAUAUUUUUAAAAUCUAAAACUAUGUGCUGACAAAGGAAACAUUUGUGGUUAAGACUCAGACAUAGCAGGACUUAAGACACAAGGCUCUCGGAAUAAUCAGAAGAGCAACAUGGGAGAAACAGAGAAAAGGAGAGAAGCUCAGAGAAUGAAAUGUUUUUCGAAGGUGAAGAUGUUUUUGUUGGCGUUGACAUGGGCAUAUGUAUCUAAAACUCUGUCUGGGUCUUACAUGAAUUCCAUGCUCACCCAGAUAGAGCGACAGUUCAACAUUCCAACAUCUCUAGUCGGAUUCAUAAAUGGAAGCUUCGAGAUUGGCAACCUGCUGUUGAUUAUCUUUGUGAGUUACUUCGGCACCAAGCUGCACCGGCCCGUGAUGAUCGGCGUGGGCUGCGUGGUCAUGGGCCUUGGCUGCUUCCUCAUCUCGCUACCUCAUUUCCUCAUGGACCGGUAUGAAUAUGAAUCUACUGUUUCCACCUCGAGCAACUUGUCCUCAGACAGUUUCCUGUGUACAGAAAACAGAACCCAGCCUUUGAAACCCACGCACGACCCCACAGAGUGCCAGGACGAAGCGAGGUCGCUGCAGUGGGUGCUGGUGCUGGCGGGCAACAUCGUGCGUGGGAUGGGGGAGACUCCCAUCAUGCCACUGGGCAUCUCCUACGUGGAGGACCACGCGCGGCCCGAGGACUCGCCCCUGUACAUCGGUUUCAUAGAAACAGGAGCCAUUAUCGGUCCUUUGAUCGGCCUUCUGCUCGCCUCUUUCUGUGCAAACAUUUACGUCGACACUGGGUCUGUGGACACAGCUGAUCUGACCAUCAGUCCCACAGAUACUCGCUGGGUUGGCGCGUGGUGGCUGGGCUUUCUGAUCUGCGCAGUGGUCAACAUCUGUACCGCCAUCCCCUUCUUCUUCCUGCCCAAAAGUCUCCCAAAGGAAGGCCUGGAGGAGAAUACUGAAGCCGUGAAGAAUGACAAAGAGAAGCAGAGCGAAGUGGUGACCAAGGACAAUCAGGGCAUCACGAAAGAUUUCCUGCCAUUCAUGAAGAGUCUGGCAUGUAAUCCAAUUUACAUGCUUUUCAUCCUCAUCAGUGUGCUGCAGUUCAAUGCGUUUGUGAAUAUGUUUUCCUUCAUGCCCAAAUAUCUGGAGCAGCAUUAUGGGAAGUCGACUUCGGAUGCCAUCUUUCUCAUUGGUAUCUAUAACUUGCCUCCCAUCUGCGUUGGCUACGUGGUGGGCGGUUUUAUUAUGAAGAAAUUCAAGAUUACGGUUAAGCAAGCGGCCCACAUCGCGUGCUGGCUUUCCAUCCUCGAGUACCUUCUCUAUUUCUUCACUUUCCUGAUGACUUGUGACAACUCUUCGGUAGCGGGCAUCACCACCUCUUAUGAAGGAAAUCCACAAGACUUAGACAUGGGCAAUGAAGUCCUGGCCACGUGCAAUGCACAGUGUAGUUGUCCAACGAAGAUCUGGGAUCCCGUGUGUGGGGACAACAGUCGGUCCUACAUGUCAGCUUGUCUAGCUGGGUGCGAGACUUCUGUGGGGACCGGUGUCAACAUGAUUUUCCACAACUGCACCUGUAUUCAGCCCUCGGGAAAUGCAUCUGCCAUGCUGGGCCUGUGCGACAAGGGCCCAGAAUGUUCCAGAAUGCUCCAGUACUUUCUAAUCCAGUCCACACUGAGCAGCUUCAUCUAUUCCCUGGCUGCCAUACCAGGCUACAUGGUCCUCCUCAGGUGUAUCAAGUCUGAAGAGAAGUCACUGGGCGUGGGAUGGCAUACAUUUUCCAUGCGAGUAUUCGCCGGCAUUCCAGCCCCUAUCUACUUUGGAGCUCUGAUUGAUUCUACCUGUUUACGCUGGGGAUCUGGGAAGUGUGCUAAGCCAGGCGCGUGCAGAAUGUACGAUUCCAACAAGUUCAGGCAUAUCUACCUUGGGAUGCCUGCCGCUAUCAGAGGCCUCAGCUUCCUUCCGGCCUUUGUGAUCUUAAUUCUUUUGAGGAAUCGCAAGCUUCCUGGAGAAACUGACUCCCCAAUAGCUGAGCUUGCAGACCUGAAGGCUGUCGAGAAGGAAAACGAGGGCAAAGAUUUGCACCCAAAUGCUAAGGUUUUGAAUGAUGGAGAACUGAAAACGAAACUCUAAGAUGUCUGGUUUCUCUACCUACCCAGGGC